AAAACCGCGCCACGCUGUGAUUCGACUGAAGAAAGAAAACUGAAGUUGAGAUCCAGGUGACAUACUGUUAUAAAGAUGGCAUUUAUUAAGGAGGAGACUGAAGACAUCACUGAAGAACCAUUCAGAGUCAAACAAGAAGAUUCUGAGGAACAAACAAAGAUGGCUUUCAUUAAAGAAGAGAUUGAAGAUGUGAAGAUUGAAGAAGUAUUCAGUCUGAAACAAGAAGAAACUGAGGAACAAACAGACUUGAUGCCAUUAAAAGAGGAGACUCAAGAGCUCAAUGAUAUGGAAGAAGAAUAUCAAUGUGAGAAACCUCAUCAGUUCAUGACUGGAGAAAAAUAUUUUAGCGACUCAAAUAUUGAAAAAACAUCCUCACAAAACAAUGGAACUAGGAACAUUAAAGGCCAAAUGAAAGAGCAAACUGGAAAAAGCACUUUCUCUUGCCAACAGUGUGGAAGAAGUUUCAAUCACAAACAAGCACUUAAGAGGCACAUCAAAAUUCACACCGGAGUGAAGCCUUUCACUUGCAAACAGUGUGGAAGAAGUUUCAGUCUCAAACAAACCCUUGACAGGCACAUGAACAUUCACACUGGAGUGAAGCCUUUCUCCUGCCAACAGUGUGGAAAGAGAUUCUCUGACAGAACACAUCUUAACACCCACGUGAGUCUUCACACAGGAGAGAGACCUUUCACCUGCUCUCAGUGUGGAAAGUGUUUUACACAGAAAAAACACCUUAAUAUCCACAUGAGUCUUCACACUAGACGAUGCCCAUACACCUGCAAACAGUGUGGGAAGAGUUUCUCACAAAAAGGAAAUCUUAAGACCCACAUGAGAGUUCACACGGGAGAAAAGCCAUUCACAUGCGAUCAGUGCGAAAAGAGUUUUAAACAAAAAAAAAACCUUAAUGUCCACAUGCAAACUCAUACUAUGAGAUUUACAGAAAACCUUAACAAUCACAUUAAGAUUAACAAAAGAGAGGGGACUUUUAUAUGUCAUCAGUGUAGAAGGAAUUUCAAAGACAGCAAAUGCCUGAAGAAUCAUGUAAAAACUCACGCUGGAGAGAAGCCUUUCAUGUGCGAUCACUGUGGAAAGACUUGCGCAAACAAAGCAAACCUUGAGAAUCACGAGAGAGUCCACACUGGAGAGAAGCCAUUCAUCUGCCCUCAGUGUGGAAAGAGUUUCCUGUACAAAGGAAACCUUAAGAUUCACAUAAGAGUUCACACAGGAGAGAGGCCUUACAAGUGUCUUCAGUGUGAGAAGACUUUCAUGUAUCACUCAAGCUUGAAACGUCAUUUAAAGACUUCGGCCUGUUUCACACCACAAGCUUGAGCUUCACGUCAGCAUUGCUGCAGCUGCAGACUCGUGAAGGUAUUCACUAGGGAUGUGUGGGUCUAGUUGACUAAACGGUACAGCUCCAACUAGUCGACACUGGAAACAAUUAGUCAAUUAAACGAGAUAGAGAAAACAAUUUUUUUUCUCAUAAAACUGAUUAACAUAAUUUUUGUGUUACAUUAAAUAAGGUAAAAUAAAACGUUUGGAAAAAGAACACGGCUUUAAAAGU